AACCGGAUUGCUUGUGAAAGAAGGAGCUUUGUUGAAACUAAAAACCUCACCUAAACCUGACUCAUGCAUUAAAAAGGCAUAUUCAUGAGAGGCCAGUAGAGGACUGUGUGGACACUGUUGACGAGAAUGGAGUUCCCACAGCACCAGAAACCAGCGGAUGGCAAAAUCACUUAUCCGCCCGGGGUGAAAGAGAUCACGGACAAGAUUACCAAUGAUGAGGUGGUCAAACGGUUAAAGAUGGUGGUGAAGACCUUCAUGGACAUGGACCAGGACUCGGAGGACGAGAAGCAGCAGUACCUGGCGCUGGCGCUGCACCUGGCCUCCGACUUCUUCCUGCGGAACCCCAACAAGGACGUGCGGCUGCUGGUGGCCUGCUGCCUGGCCGACAUCUUCCGCAUCUACGCCCCCGAGGCGCCCUACACCUCCCACGACAAGCUGAAGGACAUUUUCUUAUUCAUCACUCGGCAGCUGAAGGGGCUGGAGGACACCAAGAGCCCACAGUUCAACAGAUACUUCUACCUGCUGGAGAACCUGGCCUGGGUCAAGUCCUAUAACAUCUGCUUCGAGCUGGAGGACUGCAACGAGAUCUUCAUCCAGCUCUUUAAGACCCUCUUCUCAGUCAUCAAUAACAGCCACAACCAGAAGGUGCAGAUGCACAUGCUGGACCUGAUGAGUUCCAUCAUCAUGGAGGGAGACGGAGUGACACAGGAGCUGCUGGACACCAUCCUCAUCAACCUCAUCCCUGCACACAAGAACUUAAAUAAGCAAGCAUAUGAUCUUGCAAAGAUUCUUCUGAAAAGGACUGUACAAACCAUUGAGACCUGUAUUGCUAAUUUCUUUAACCAGGUUCUGGUCCUGGGCAAGUCAUCAGUGAGUGACCUCUCGGAGCACGUGUUUGACCUGAUCCAGGAGCUGUUUGCCAUCGACCCCCAUCUCCUGGUGUCUGUCAUGCCCCAGCUGGAGUUCAAGCUCAAGAGCAACGACGGCGAGGAACGGCUGGCUGUGGUGAGGCUUCUGGCCAAACUCUUCGGCGCCAAAGACUCGGAGCUGGCCACUCAGAACCGCCCGCUCUGGCAGUGCUUUCUGGGAAGAUUUAAUGACAUCCACGUGCCCGUUAGACUGGAGUGCGUUAAAUUCGCCAGUCACUGCCUGAUGAACCACCCCGACCUGGCAAAGGAUCUGACAGAGUUCCUCAAGGUCCGGUCACACGACCCAGAGGAGGCCAUCCGGCAUGACGUCAUCGUCACCAUCAUCAACGCGGGGAAGAAGGACUUGAACCUGGUCAACGACCAGCUGCUGGGCUUCGUCAGAGAGAGGACCCUGGACAAGAGGUGGCGAGUCCGUAAGGAGGCCAUGAUGGGUCUGGCCCAGCUGUACAAGAAGUACUGUCUGCACCACGAGGCCGGCAAGGAGUCGGCUCAGAAGAUCAGCUGGAUCAAAGACAAGCUGCUCCACAUCUACUACCAGAACAGCAUCGAUGACAAGUUGCUGGUGGAGAAGAUCUUUGCUCAGUUCAUGGUCCCUCAUAACCUGGAGACGGAGGAGAAGAUGAAGUGUCUGUACUACCUUUACGCCUGUCUGGACCUGAACGCCGUCAAGGCUCUGAACGAGAUGUGGAAGUGUCAGAACAUGCUGAGGGGCCACGUUCGGGAGCUGCUGGACCUCCACAAACAGCCCCCGUCUGAGGCUAAUAGCACAGCAAUGUUUGGGAAGUUGAUGACCAUAGCAAAGAACCUUCCAGACCCCGGGAAGGCGCAGGACUUUGUGAAGAAGUUUAACCAGGUUCUGGGGGAGGAUGAGAAACUGCGCAACCAGCUGGAGCAGCUCAUCAGCCCCACCUGCUCCUGCAAGCAGGCCGAAGUCUGCGUGAGGGAGAUUUCCCGCAAGCUGACAUUCCCCAAGCAGCCCACCAACCCCUUCCUGGAGAUGGUGAAGUUCCUCCUGGAGCGCAUCGCCCCCGUGCACAUCGACUCCGAGGCCAUCUGCGCUCUGGUGAAGCUGCUGAACAAGUCGAUCGAAGGCACGGCGGAUGACGAGGACGAGGGAGUGAGACCCGACGUGGCCAUUCGCUCCGGCCUGGAGCUGCUCAAGGUGCUGUCCUUCACCCACCCCACCUCCUUCCACUCGGCCGAGACCUACGAGUCCCUGCUGCAGUGCCUGAAGAUGGAGGACGACAAGGUGGCCGAGGCCGCCAUCCAGAUCUUCCGGAACACGGGCCAGAAGAUCGAGACGGAGCUGCCGCAGAUCCGAUCGACCCUCAUCCCCAUCCUGCACCAGAAGGCCAAGAGGGGCACCCCGCAUCAAGCCAAGCAGGCGGUCCACUGCAUCCACGCCAUCUUCCACAACAAGGAGGUGCAGCUGGCGCAGAUUUUCGAGCCCCUGUCCCGCAGCCUGAACGCCGACGUCCCCGAGCAGCUCAUCACCCCGCUGGUGUCGCUGGGCCACAUCUCCAUGCUGGCGCCCGACCAGUUCGCCUCGCCCAUGAAGUCCAUCGUGGCCAACUUCAUCGUCAAGGACCUGCUGAUGAACGACAGGUCUGUAGGAAACAAGAACGGGAAGCUGUGGUCCUCAGAUGAGGAGGUGUCCCCGGAGGUGCUGGCCAAGGUCCAGGCCGUCAAGCUGCUGGUGCGCUGGCUGCUGGGAAUGAAGAACAACCAAUCAAAAUCGGCCAACUCCACCCUGCGCCUCCUCUCCGCCAUGCUGGUGAGCGAGGGGGACCUGACGGAGCAGAAGAAAAUCAGUAAGUCAGAUAUGUCCCGCCUGCGGCUGGCGGCGGGCAGCGCCAUCAUGAAGCUGGCCCAGGAGCCCUGCUACCACGAGAUCAUCACGCCGGAGCAGUUCCAGCUGUGCGGCCUGGUCAUCAACGACGAGUGUUACCAGGUGCGGCAGAUGUUUGCGCUGAAGCUGCACCUGGCGCUGGUGAAGCUAAUGCUGCCGCUGGAGUACCUGGCCGUCUUCGCCCUGUGCGCCAAGGACCCGGUGAAGGAGCGGCGUGCCCACGCCCGCCAGUGCCUGCUCAAGAACAUCAGCGUGCGGCGCGAGUACAUCAAGCAGAACCCCAUGGCCCACGAGAAGCUGCUGUCACUGCUGCCGGAGUACGUGGUCCCCUACAUGAUCCACCUGCUGGCCCACGACCCCGACUUCACCAAGCCCCAGGACCUAGAGCAGCUCCGGGACAUCAAAGAGUGCCUGUGGUUCAUGCUGGAGGUGCUGAUGACCAAGAACGAGAACAACAGCCACGCCUUCCUCAGGAAGAUGGUGGAGAACAUCAAGCAGACCAAGGACGCUCAGGCGCCCGACGACCCCAAGACAAACGAGAAGCUGUACACUGUGUGUGACGUGGCGCUCUUCGUCAUUGUCAACAAGAGCACCGCCUGCCACCUGGACUCGCCCAAAGAGCCCGUGCUGCCCGUCAAGUUCUUCACCCCUCCGGAUAAGGACUUCAAAAACGACAAAGACUACCUGUCAUCGGAGGCCAGGACGGUUCUCCUAACGGGAAAGCCCAAACCCACAGGAGUGCUGGGCGCGGUGAACAAGCCCCUCUCCGUGACGGGGAGGAGACCCUACACCAAGAGCACCCCCUCGGAGACGGCCAGCAACAUCAGCAGCAGCUCGGAGCCCAGCUCCCCCGCGGGCACCAAGGGGAGGGACGCCAGCACCGAGUCCUCGGAGAUGGGCGCGAGCGAGAACGAGGAGAACCCGGUGAUGGUGGUGAAGACGGAUGCAGGGAUGAAGGAGGUGAACUCUGAGGCGGGCCAGGGCAGCGGGGACCAGAGAGGGAAGAAGCGCGGCCCGACGGCGCCCCCUGCCAACGGCAGCGAGAACAGCGCGGCCCCCGGCGACAAAAUCGGCGCGCCUCCGGCCCCCAGCAAACCCCGGCGAGGGCGGCCCCCCAAGAACCUGUCCGCCGCAGCCAGCGGGGCGGGUCCCGCGGAGAAAGAGGGAGGGGGCGGGGCGGGGCGGGGCAGGAAGAGGGCGGCCCCGGCCCAGGGCGCCACCAGCGGCCCCACCGUGGAGCCAAUCACCAUCAAGAUACCAAAACAGCAGAAGGACUCGAACACCAUGACGCCACCACAGAGACAGAUGGACCUGCAGAGGUAAGAAGAGAAGGGCUACAGAGACGACCUGCCUGUUUCAGGACUCACCACGGCUGUACAGACACUGCUCCUCCCUCUGACUUUAUGGCUCUUCUAGCCCGCAAAUGGACUCCAGUCACACACACACACACACACACAC